AUGUUAAGUCUUGACAUUAGAAACACUACAUAUACUGCCAGUAGCUGUGGUGAUGGACACCCGUGGGAAUCACAACCGGGCGAUAAGUACUGGAUUGAACGACACUAUGAGUUGACUAAAAUGACCAUGGAACAUCAGAAAGAGAUACAGGCUAUUUUUAUUGGCGCAUCCGGAGCAGAGUAUUGGCAAAAGGAUGGUAAAUUGAUCUGGGAUAAUUAUUAUGGUACGAAUGGUGCGGCCAAUUAUGGUAUAAGAGGUGAUACGAUAUCCAACGUCUUGUGGCGGAUACAGAAUCGAGAGUUGGAUGGACUCACACCCAAAGUAAUUGUAGUGACCUCAGGCCCAGGGUUUAAUACAAUGUGUCAUAACCGGGCCGUAUCGGCCCCGGAUGUCCUGCGCGGACAACAAGAGAUUGUUCGUGAAUUGAGGGCCAAAUUCACGGCCGCCAAAGUGAUAAUCAUAGGACACACGCCGUAUACAAACACAUUGAUAAGCGAGAGAUCAAAACAAAUCAAUGUUGAGCUCAAGAAGUUGGCCGACAAUAGGAGUGUAUUCUACAUUGAUUUGACGCCAUAUUUGAUGGACAGUAGUGGACAUCAAAUACCGAAGCUGUUUCUGGGCGAUCACUUGCACCUGUCAUUAGAGGGGUAUAGACCCCAUAAGUACUGUCACUACGGAUCGCCCGAUAAGUACUGUCUCUACGGAUCGCCCGAUAAGUACUGUCUCUACGGAUCGCCCGAUAAGUACUGUCUCUACAGAUCGCCCGAUAAAUACUGU